GCUGGCUGCACAACAAUGUGUGAUCUGUUUUUAGGCCCGGGAAAUGCAAAUCGAAUUACAGAUACCAAUAGCGCCAUUUGACAGAAACUCAACCUGUCGGUUUUGAAGAUAAUCAAAGUUUUAAAAUGAUAUGUAUUUCUUUUUCUUUCAGAGUCAAGGCAAGCCGGCUGUAGAGUUGUGAGAAACCGGUCACCCCCCUCGCCAGCUUUCUAAACUAAACACAAGCUCUCCUGUCCAAUAAUACGCAAAUUCUUCAUGAGACAAAGUAGCCAUCGCUGCUUGCUGGUAUUAGGCUGACAAAAGAAUGGCUUACCGAGUUGACGUUAUCCACAAGUAACAGGUCGUCUGUUGGCGUUGGAGAAAGAAGAUUCCCACUGCAGCUCCAGAAACUUGCCUAGAACCAGUUGCCAUGGCAACAGACUCCCUCAUCAGCCCAUCCUCCAACAUGGGAAACCCCCAGGUGACCACCCCCACCAAAGCCCUAGUGUCCUGGAGUUCGAUACUCUCCGGCAACGACUCGUUUGGCAACGGGACCAACUUUACCCUUGCAUCAGAUUAUGAAGAGGAGCUGGAAAAAACGGUGCACGACAUGGAAUACAAUACAGACAUCAGGAAAGCUAUACUCUACGUCCAGAUCGUGGUGGGCAUCACGGGAGCGCUCAUGCUGUUUUUCUAUAUGCUGCACUCACGGAGACUGUCACGAGUGAACGCGCUGAUCCUGAACCUGUGUGUGGCUGACCUUAUGGUGGUGACCUUCUCGUGCGUCACUCAGCUGGUGUGGGAGCACCUGGACCGGCGCUGGCUAGCUGGUGACGUCAUGUGUCGGCUCAUCAAGCUGCUCCAGAUCUUCGCCAUCUGCGCCAGUACCAACAUGCUGGUGGUCAUUGCCGUGGAUAGACACCAGGCCAUUACGGCGCCCUUGAGGAAGCAGUUUUCAGUGCUGGUCAUGGCGGCUGUGGGCUGGGGUGCCGCCCUCCUCUGCUCCCUCCCAAUCCUCUACGUGUUCCAUGUCCGAUACGACGAGAAGAAGAACGUGACCCUGUGCGAGAACAUCUUCCGCAACCGACCUCGUGAGCACCGACAGGCUUUCCUCACCUACGCCGGCCUCGUCAACUUCCUCAUCCCGCUCAUCAUCCUCUGUGUCUGCUACAUCCGAAUCUUUCUGAAGAUCGCGCGCAAAGCGUCUGACAGCCGGACGACCAAACGGCAGAGUUUCAAACCGGGCAAGAUCCACCUGACCAGCAGUACGACCUCCGCCACGCUACAGAGCGCCAAACUCAAGACCCUCCGGAUGACAGUGGUCAUCGUGACCUGCUUCAUCGUCUGCGGGCUGCCUUACUUCAUCGCAGAGAUGAUCUUGUCCUACGGCGACUUCCACAUGCUCAGCAAGUCUGUCUACGCCCUACUUGGCGGUAUAGCUGUGGCCAACUCCGCAGUCAACCCGUACAUCUUUUUGCUGUUCAGCGUGAACCACCAUUGCUUGAGGAGUCUGAAGAUGUGCCCGGCACAGACGGGGCCCAAUAACAGACAGCUCAUGUACAAUGGUAGUGUCAGGUCACGUGAGUACUCCACGGCCGCCUACUCACGGACACCAGUCACUAACGUGUCCACCACAGACGCCCUGGAGCUGACCACAACCACCAACACAAAGGCUAACAAAGAGGCCCGAUUCUACCAGCUUAAAAAGUCGCUGGGCGUGUAACCUUCACCACACACUGACUAAACACUUGAGACACUAAUAACAGGCCUAGUGUGUAACACU